AUAAGUUGCUAUCCUGUUCAAAGUAAGAAUAUUUGGUUCAGAAAGACAAGAAACCUUGCUUUAACAUUUUCUUAACUUAUUUUUUUUCAUGUGCUCAACUUAAGGGGUCAGUUUCGACUCCAAUAUGGAAAAGAUGGUUUGGUUCCUGGUCGUAAUCAUUUGUCAUGUGUAUAUUUGUUCUGCUAAUAGCCCGACAGUAGACCAAUAUCACACAAAAAGACAAUUGAAAAGAACACUCAUGGAAAAGUAUUCUAACCAGCAAAUACCACGGAAACACGAAUAUGAUAGUGUAUACGUGACCGUUUACCCGUACAUUGAUUUGUUUUUGGAUUUUAAUGAGAAUGUUGGAACCUAUGUUGUAUAUGCACUUUUCCGGAUAAAAUGGGAAGAUAAUUAUAUCACAUGGAAUGAAACAGAAAACGAUGGCAUAACUGUACUGCGUUUUCCAGUUGCAGAGGUUUGGUUUCCGAAGAUUAUGAUACGGAAUACUAUAGAAAAACGGACAAUCUAUAAAUCAGAUGAUGAUUUGGAUCAAAUGACCACUUAUGUUGAAUAUUAUUCAGAUGGUUCAGCAUCCGUUUUAGCUGGUGGUGUAAUUGAAGUGGUUUGUCAUGCAAGCAUGUAUUAUUUCCCUUUCGAUUCCCACGUUUGCAAAAUUGAGUUAUAUUUUGAUGACAGCGCUGUAAUCACGGAUUACAAUUCUUACGGGGACCAAACCCUUUUAGCACUUACUUACUUUACUCCUCAUGCAGAGUGGGACUUAACUAACGUUACGUCUGUACCGGACCCAGAUGGUUGGCCACAAAUGAUUGUACAACUUAAACUUGAAAGGAAACCUUUAUUUGUGUGCGUAAGCCUAAUACUGCCAAUUUUUCUUGUUAGUUUUCUCAACGUUUUCGUGUUUGUUCUACCAAUAGAAUCUGGAGAAAGAAUAUCACUUUCGGUAACCUUAUUUCUUACAUUUGUAGUUAUAAUAACAAUGGUUGCCGAAAAUCUUCCCGAGAGCAGCGAAGUUAGUAUCUUCAUAAUAUUACUGAUAACAAAAGUGAUAGCCAGCAUCCUGACGACUGUAAUGGCGAUAGUAACUUUAUCAUUAUAUUACCGAAAUAAUGAUACUAAAACAUUUUCACUAUUUAAAAUGUGUACAUGUGCUACGAAAUGUCGACAGCAGGAAAAUGGCCAUGAGAAUCAGGCAACGAAAACUUCGAAGCACUCAACAUUGAGUGCCAAAACAAACUGGCAAAACGUGGUACAGAAAAUUGAUAGAGUCUGUAUUUUUGUGUUAGUAGUAGAAAUACUAUCUGAAAUUAUAGCUGCGUUGAUUAUCUUUAGGAAUCGAUGGGGUUUAAACAAUAGUUAGUAGUUGUUUAUUUUUAAAAUUCAUGAUCUGAUAACAUACAUGAAAUACAUCACAUACAUGUAACGAACAACAAUUUGAAAGUUGGAAAAUAUAUUACAACAUAUUACCAUUAUAUACAAAUAAUAAAUUGUAUGAAUCUAAUAUAGAGAUUGUUUUAUAUUCAGAAUAAUGUCAUACAAACAUAAAUUGAAAUUACUAAAAUUUCUAAAAGGACACUUAAGAGACACUUGUAUUAAGCAGUGGAGCUGCUGUAGUUUAUUACAUUGGGUUAGAUGUAAGUUUAUGUCAGCAGGUAGGGUGAAUUAUAAAUUAUUUCAAAGAGCAUGUAAAAAUGCCAUUGAUUAGUGGAAAAACUGUUUACAGAAUUAUGUCAAAAUCAUCCAGGAGUGUAAUGUAGAUUUAUACACUAAUUUAGAUACUGUGUUGCAUAAAAAUUAAACAGAUAGAAAAAAAAAUGUAUUUGAAAAUUAUGAGGUAAAUUGGCAUAAUAGAAUAUUGUCUUAAAAUGUUGGAAAAAAAUAUGUACUUAUAAAUUGUUAACAGAAAAUUUCAAUAUGAUGAAGAAGUGCAUUUGCUAAAUUAUGGUGUGUUGUUUCCCCCUUGCGAAUAGAAACAGGUCGCUAUCAAAAGAAAAACCGUAAAUGAAAGAGUUUGCCUUGAGUGAA